CCAAACCUAACGCCAUCCAACCUCGAAGAGCUUUGGGAAAUCUGGAUAUCUGACCCCCGUAUUCCAACACGUGCAUCGCGACAUGCAUGGGCCGCCUCGCGGAACAUAAGUCCAGUACGCGUCGACGGCUGGUUCCGGGCUCGCAAAGCAAGGGCGAAGAAAGUGGGACAGCCAAUAUCGAACGAGACGUACCAGCUU